CAUGCGCAGAGGCUGCAGAGUAAUUUGUUGAUAUCCUGCUUGGUAGUAUUUAGACUAAAAUUCAAAGCUAGGUUAUACCCCAGGUGAGGGGAUUUGUUUGAAUUAGGAAGUGCAGGUAACUGGAAGAGCAUCUAUAUGAAGGGCUGAUGGAAAACGCAAGGGAUUUGGCUGAGCGUACCCCACGUUCAGAUCGUAAGCGACGAGACUCAUUCGGGAUGUUUGAUGGCUAUGACAGCUGCAGCGAGGAGUCCACCAGCAGCUCUAGCUCAGACGACAGUGAGGAUGAGGUGGUACCCUCUAUCCCUGCUAGUCUGCCCAUCAUCAAGAACAAUGGACAAGUCUACACCUACCCUGAUGGAAAGGCUGGAAUGGCCACCUGUGAGAUGUGUGGGAUGGUCGGUGUACGAGAUGCUUUUUACUCCAAAACCAAGCGUUUCUGCAGUGUGUCCUGUUCUAGGAGUUAUUCCUCAAAUUCUAAAAAAGCUAGCAUCUUGGCAAGACUCCAGGUAAAUGCAUUAUCUUUGAUAAACAAGUAUAGUAGUUUCAUAAUUUUGUAUUAUGUAAAUAUUAACAUCUGCUUUGGUUUUUACAAGGGCAAACCACCAACAAAAAAGGCCAAAGUCUUACAGAAACAGCCUCUCAUGGCAAAGUUGGCAGCUUAUGCCCAGUACCAAGCAAGUCAACAGAACCAGGCCAAACUGAAAGCGGUGGUCGCUGGAGAGAGUUUUGACUGGGGGCAGUAUAUCUGUAGCAGUAACACGGUGGGGGCUCCUGUCAGCUGUUUCAAGCAUGCCCCCAUGGGAACAUGUUGGGGAGAUAUUGAAGUAGGUGUGAGGAUUGAAGUGCCCAACUCUGAUACCAAUUUCUCCACCAAGGUGUACUGGAUAGCAGAAAUCAUAAAGCUAGCAGGGUUCAAGGCUCUCCUGCGUUAUGAGGGCUUUGACAGUGACACAACUAAAGACUUCUGGUGUAACCUCUGCAUACCUGAAGUUCACCCUGUGGGAUGGUGUGCUUCAAGUGGCAAACCCCUCGUACCUCCAAAAAGCAUACAACAUAAGUACUCUAACUGGAAAACGUUUCUUGUGAAGCGCCUCACUGGAGCUAAAACACUGCCACCUAACUUUAAUGAUAUGGUACAGCAAAACAUGCAAUUUCCCUUUAAGAAGCUAAUGCGAGUUGAGGUGGUCGAUAAGAACUAUCUCAGCCGGACACGGGUGGCGCUGGUAGAGCAAGUGAUUGGAGGUCGCCUGAGGUUGGUCUAUGAGGAGAGCCAGGGUGGAGCUGAUGACUUCUGGUGCCACAUGUAUAGCCCUCUUAUCCAUAACAUAGGCUGGUCAAGAAGCAUUGGACACCGCUUCAAACGAUCUGAUAUAACAAGGAAAUUAGAUGGUCAAGUCGAUGCUCCUCCACAGCUCUUCCAGAAGACGAAGGAAGUGGACCAGAGUGGGGACUGGUUCAAAGAUGGGAUGAAGUUAGAAGCCAUUGACCCCCUCAAUCUCUCAGCUAUAUGUGUAGCUACUGUAAGAAAGGUGUUGGCUGAUGGAUAUCUCAUGAUUGGGGUAGAUGGCUCAGAGGCAGUCGAUGGAUCAGACUGGUUCUGCUACCAUGGCACCUCCCCUUCCAUCUUCCCUGUUGGCUUCUGUGAAAUCAAUAACAUUGAACUCACACCCCCUCGAGGGUACACUAAACUCCCAUUCAAAUGGUUUGACUACCUCAGAGAAACGGGUUCAGUAGCUGCUCCUGUCAGGCUCUUUAACAAGGAGGUUCCCAAUCAUGGGUUUCGGCUAGGCAUGAAGCUGGAAGCUGUUGAUCUGAUGGAACCAAGGCUGGUGUGUGUUGCCACGGUGACAAGGAUUGUGCACCGCCUACUGAGGAUCCACUUUGAUGGUUGGGAAGACGAGUAUGAUCAGUGGGUGGACUGCGAGUCGCCUGACCUCUAUCCAGUGGGCUGGUGUCAGCUAACAGGCUACCAGCUCCAACCUCCUGCCUCACAGAGUAACAGAGAAAUGUCCCAGUCUGUUCCCAAGCAGAAGAAAAAGGCCCAGCAGUAUAAAGGCCAAAAGAAAAAGAGGAAGAUUCCUGUUGGUCGACGGCCCUUCAGUCAGGCAGGCAGGAGGAGGAGCAGCUUCUCAGGGGACGAAGAGCAGAGUCCACCCCCUUACCCUGCCCAGGGGCCAGCUCGGCCCAGACCCCGCACCCAUUUCCACCUAACCCACAAAUCAGAGUCUCUCCUGCGAAUGAAAGAGGAGACCGCUGAAGUGGAUGAGUUCACCUUCUCGCAGGGCACCUCAGACCAAGAGAGCAAUGGCUCGGGCAGUUACUACAUUAGACAGGAACCCUGAUGUGACAAAAUGGAGGAGGAGGAAACCACAAAAGGACAUCUCUGGAAACACCGAACCAACAAUCAGGAAUGGGGAGAGUCAAACUCACCUGAGAGGAUACUUGAAGAGUGAUGCCACAGGCCACCUGUAAUGUCAGCACAUGAGGGAUACCAUUCCUCAACAUCACUUAAAACAAUUUUCUAACCUUGUAGGGGUGCGUCCACAUAAUCACUCAGAAAGUCCUGUCUAAUCAUGGAAAGCACCCAGAGUCAGGCCUGGGUCAUAGAUGUUUGGGCAUUCUCUUUCUACGACCUGCAGCUUUUUCUCCCUUUCUUUGGCUAUCUGAACCAGAUGAGCUAUUUGGAUGAUUUUAUGUCUUGCAAGCCUCUAUCAGCCCAUCCAGCCUCAGCCAUAAUGUGGGCCACAUACAGAGACCUGGAGAAACUGUGACAACCAUUUAUUGAGCCAGGUCUUUAGGUUUUCUUGUGUUUGUUGUAUGGGGGGGGGGGGGUUGUUGUUGUUGGGUUUUUUUGUUUUGUUUUGUUUUUUUGUACAAAAAUGUCAGAGUCAGCCAUUUAGCAGCUGGGUGAGCAAAGUAAGGCUGUCAGAAAGAUGAGCAGAGUUGUGUAUAUUUUUGCAGUAUUGCCAGGUGGACUUUAAUUUUAAUAAUAGUACUUGAAUUUUUCCUUAUUUCAUUUUGUUUUGAUUUUCAGGUUGAUUUUUUUUUUUAUGUCCUUUUUUCAUGUUUUGGUGACUGUUUGAGUAACGUGUGUUGUUUUAUAAAGUGACUAUAUUCAUUAGUAAGUGUAGGCCUAGAGCUACACAAAGAGUUCUUGCCAUGCUGCUCAGCAUUAAUGAUGGUCUUUCCCUCCUUUUGUUCUUUUUCCUUAUAGUAUUGAACAGAAGAUUUCCACAGCUACAUUUAUUCCUCAUUUUGUUAUUACAGAACCAAAAUCUGUUGCUCUUUUUUUUUUUUUUUUCAGACUCAACAAAAUGAUGAUGAGUUUGAAAAAGAAUCUAUUAUAAAACUACUUUUGUAAUGGACUCUGUCAAUGUCCUACUAAUCUCAUUAUUAUUAUUAUUAUUAUUAUUAUUAACCUUUCACUAACUUUGCAGCGUUUUAAACUAAGAAGUCUUUUUGAGUCCAUUUGAGAAGCCAAGUUCUUCAUUGACCUUUUAGGGUAGCUUAUCACUUAUUUUUUGUUGGUAGAUUUUCUUUUUUGUAUCCACAUUUACAGGGUUUUCCCACUUUCUGGUGCAGCUUUAUACAAAAACACAUCUUAUGCAACUGUUGCUUUUUUUUAUAUUAACAAACAAAAACACUUUUUUUCACAUUCCACUGAGCUUGUAUAGACAAUAUAUAAAAUAUGGACAUGGCUACCACGAACCAUUGGUUUUCAAUUUUUAACCUUCAACAUUUAAGUUUUGACCCUUUUUGUUUCAUUUCUUGGAGCCAGAAGUGACCAUAAUUGAACAACAGGUGGCUAAGUUACCAGCUAAUGCUAGCUAUUUGGUUAGCAGCCACAUACCGCCUAAUUACUGCUAAUAAAACACUCAGGUUUUCACUCACCAAGGGUGAAGCACAAACAUCUUGAAUGUUAUGUUCCACCAGCAGGGCUGAUAAUUUGUCAGAUAAAUAGAUGCCAAAAGGCAUCAACAACACAAGUAUAGUCCAGAAGUCUAGUUCAAUGACUCCAGUUAAUGGAGGUGUGGCCUGUUGCCAGCCACACCACAGCUGCCUGUGGUAGUGUGUCUCACACCACAACUUGGCCAAAUCCAAACAGUAUACUGGGAUAUAAGCACACUUUUUUUUUUAAAUGCUGUAAAGCUGAACAUUGUAUGUAGGGGUUAUGACUUGCUUUUGGAGCUAAGCUUGAGAUUUUGGUCCUGCAGUACCUCUGUGAAUGAGCAGUUGUUGAAGCAGUUAUCACUGGGGUAGCUUCAGAUUCUGUGUGCUGUACUGAUAAAAAAAGGAUUACUGAAGCUGUGGAAAUGAAAAUGGCUUUGUUUUAUUUUUUUUGUUUUUUUUAAAAAAAGGAAAGAAAAAAAGCUCCACAUUUUGAUGAUAUGAGAAUAUUUCAGAGGAAACAGGAAGUGUAAGUAAGCAACAGGUCGCAAAGUUUAAAUGAAAAAUCGCACUAUUAUGAUAGGAUAUGAUGACAUGUCCCCACUGCCCGGCCAUACAAUAUGCUUUGAGCUUUACUCUCUGAUUGUAGCUGCUGUAAAAGAUGAACUUCAGUCUUAUCAGAGACUUGUCUUAUCACUUGGUCCCUGGACAUAAUCAUAAUAAUCUUGGUAUUCUGUUAAAGGUUUAUCAAUAUACAUGUCAUGUCCUUUUUCUUUUUCUUUUAAUUUCAGUUGUAAUUUUACCAAAAUCUGCGUCUGCAGUGUGCCACAAUUAUAUUCAAUCUAUUAUUUAAUUUUUAAAAAAUAUGCAAUACAGAAAAUCUUGAAAGAAAAAAAAUCUAUUUCCUUAUUCUGAAGUAAUGUAAAGUAUGACAUAAUGAAAUGGGAAUUAUAGAAUUCAUUGAGGAGUAGUAGUAGUAGUAGUAGUAGUAGUAGUAUUAAAUACAUAUGAAUCACUUAAAAAUAUUAAAUGCAUACAAGAGUUUAUUAGAAAAUUACAUUUUAAACACCCCACCAACCCUAAUCUGCUGGAUAAAAAGUUAAGGAGGUAGAUGGCAGAAAUGUAAAUUCACUUCAUGGCUGUUGUUGGUUUAUUCUUUAGUUAAUGGAAUAUGAUUAAAUACUGUAUGUGGCAUACUUGAGACUACAUACACCAUUUAGUUUCUGUCACUCAAUAUAGGUGGCUGGACUGCCAUGUUAAGACAAAGUAGGAUAAUCUACCUUGGUUACAGCAAUCUUAUAACCAAACAGGUCUUCAAGUAAUAUGCAAAAUGUUUGUAGGGUUUGUGUGUGUGUGGGUGUGCGUACGAGUGAUAAAGCCAUGUAUGCAAGCUAGUUUAUGAUUCAUCUGAGCCACAGAACGACAGGUUGUUCUUGAUAAUUAAACAAUGCACUGCUUUUCC